AUGUUCGCGGUUCCAGGAUGGUCGCUUGAGACCUCGGCUCUGAAGUCGCAGACUCAGAAUGCUCAGCCCAAUGAGCCCCAAGCCAAGGAUGCUUCGACUCCCGAUGCGAAGAGCAACAAGCGCAAGCGUGCCAAUGUCACCGCCGGUAACGUGGAUGAGAUGUAUCGCAAGCAUAUUGAGGGCAACACCAGAGCUCCCAAGGGCGAGAAGGCUGGUCCAGACGCCACCGUGAAGACAGAAAAGAAGCAGAAGAAGGAAAAGAAGGGCAAGCAAGAGAAGCAGCCCGAACAGACCACCCAGGAGCCAGCAACUGAGGCCCCCGCUGCGGAGGCCGAGGUCGAGGAAGCCGAGGACAAGACACCCAAGAAGAAACAGAAGAAGAACAAGAAGAACAAGGACAAGGCCAAUGCAGAGGAACCAGCCGGGAAAGACAACGCCUCGGCCCCGAAAGAAGCUGCCCCGGCCCCCGCUGCGCCUGCGCUGCCACCUACCGCAAACCUGACGCCCCUUCAGCAGGCGAUGCGACAGAAGCUUGUGUCUUCCCGGUUCCGUCACCUCAACGAGACCCUCUACACCACCCCCUCCGAGAAGGCCGUGGAACUGUUCAAUGCCAACCCCGAGCUUUUCGACGAAUACCACGCCGGAUUCGCACGUCAGGUGAAGGAGUCCUGGCCAUCCAACCCAGUCGAUGCCUAUAUCAAGACCAUCCGAACCCGCGGUGCCAUUCCCCUUCCCAAGCGUGGAAAGCCCAACAACCCCGCCAAGGGCUACCCGCUCCCCCGCCGUCCCAAUGGACUCUGCACAUUCGCCGAUCUGGGCUGUGGAGACGGCCAGCUGGCGCGCUCGCUGACCCCGUCUGCCAAGAAGCUCAACAUCAAGCUCAACAGCUACGACCUGCAAGCACCCGAUGCGCUGAUCACGAAAGCUGACAUCUCGAAUCUCCCUCUGGAGGAUGGCUCAGUGGACGUUGCCAUCUUCUGUUUGAGUUUGAUGGGAACCAACUGGGUUUCCUUCGUUGAGGAGGCUUGGCGUGUUCUGCGUGGCGAUGGCAAGGGCGAGUGCUGGGUCAGUGAGGUCAAGAGUCGAUUUGGCAAGGUCUCCCGCAAGAAGUCUCAGAUCGGUGCUCAGAGGCCUGGUAGCAAGGCUGACAAGAAGAAGCCCAAGAAGAAGGGCGGCAAGGACGAGGAUUCUGAUGCGGAAGAAGGAGAUAUCUUCGCUGAAGAUUCUCGGCCCUCGGAUAAGACCGAUGAGACUGAUAUCUCAGCAUUCGUGGAGGUCUUCCGGUCUCGCGGAUUCAUGCUUCGCCAGGAAACCGUGGACAAGUCCAAUAAGAUGUUCGUGAAGAUGGAGUUUGUUAAGCAGGGAGGUCCCCCCACUAAGGGAAAACAUGCCUCAGCCCUCAGUGCGCCCGCUCCUGGCAGCAAGAAACGCUUUGUUGACCGCCAGCCUGCGUCAGAGGCUGGCAUGUCGGCUGAACAGGAGGCUCAGGUCCUCAAGCCAUGUGUCUAUAAGAUCCGCUAA